CUGCUAUGUACUUGCCCUAUCCCACAGCCAAGCAGCUGACGAAGCGAAAUCAAAACACACCAAUUUUAUCCAGGAAAACUUGUAAGGCUUUAAAAAACGUAUAACACUGUAAGGUUAGUGAUGAUAAUGGCUAUAUUGCCUAUAUAGCUAUAUUUAAGAGAAUUUGACUUAACAAUACCAGUACAAGUUUAAAGAAAGUAAAGGUAUGCUCUUUAGUUAAAGAGAUUAUAUUCUGUUGUCAACACAACAAGCUAUUUUUAACUCGUUAAACUAGUAAUAAUAAUAAUAAUAGUAACUAGUUCAGGUUAUUUUACUAGUUGUAGAAUGUAAUUGUAGGUCGUAGGCUUAUGCCUAUAUAAUUUAUAAGUUGUAGGGGUCACAAUUUUGGAAUUUUGCCUUGGGCUUCAUUGAGUCAAGGUACCUAACUAACUGGGUAUUUAUUAAUAUUAUUAAUAUUAAUAAUUAUAUAAAUAUAAUAAUAAUAAGAGUAAGAGGUCUUAUAUUUAUAUAGCGCGGUACCCCAGACUAGGGCUGGGCUCACUCCUCUGUACAUAAAAAUGCUAUCAAAAGAGACAUAAUCAUGACAUUGAAAUAAAAUAUGCAUGGUUCGAAAAGAGAGAAAGGAUAUUCAUAAUUUCAUAAUAUUAAUAUUCAUAUUUUUCACUUAUCUACUUUGAACUUUUUAAGGAAUGCCUUUUUGUCCAAAGUUUUUGAACAUUUAUUAUAUUUUUAUUGUCAUGAGAAGAUAAAUCAGUUAUUUCUUGAAAUUAAAUUUUUGAAGUGUCUAAAGUCUAAAUCUAAAUGUCCGACGACCUGACCAAUAAGUUCUUGGGAUAUUUGUCUGGCGGCCAAGUCACUUGACCGUCGUAAAUGCUUUAAUUAUAUGCUGUGACCACUGUUUAAAUUGGUAGGAUAGGAAGUGUGUCGGGUUAAAGUCUGAUCCAAAGAGCAAAACGUGGUCUGGGAAGACUGCUUAAAAAAUGAAUAAAUGUUGCCAUUAGCAAAAAGGACUUAGUUUUUAUUGAGUGACAAAUUGAUAAUUUUUCCUUUAUUUGUAAUAUUGUAUAUGUUUAAUAGUAUUAAUAUUAGGGUUGAAGUUAAAAUAACUAUCCUACUAUGUGGUUUGAAAUUUUUUUCUUUUAAAAUAUAUGUUACAGUAUAUGACAAAGCUCUUAAACUAUUUAUAAAUUGUAUUUUUUUUUGUUUUGUUUUUAACUGCAAGAUAGUCAUUUACUGACUGUAUACAUACUUUUAGAGUACUAUUUUUUUUAUUUUCACUUAUUACUAAAAGUGUUUUAAACUUACUAUUAAAUUCAAUUUAAUUUCGUGUUUUCACAUAUACAAUGAACAAAUGGUUAAAAAGGGACAAUGUUAAAUCAAGCGUGACACGCCCGCCGGAUGAAUAUCUCCUGCACUAUUUGUCCGGUCGCUGGACAUUUAGACCCGUGUUCUCUGCGGGGGGGGGGGGGCAUAGGUUGCAGGUAGUACAUUUAACAAAAGAGGCAAAUGAACAAAUGCUCAUAUUCAAAAAGGUCUCAAAUUUAAAUGUGUACUAAUUCAAGACUUAAAACAUUUUGCUUUUUACAGUUUUACAGCUUGACUUGGACAGUUAGACCCGUGUUCUCUGCGGGGGGGGGGGUCAUAGGUUGCAGGUAGUACAUUUAACAAAAGAGGCAAAUGAACAAAUGCUCAUAUUCAAAAAGGUCUCAAAUUUACAUGUGUACUAAUUCAAGACUUAAAACAUUUUGCUUUUUACAGUCUUACAGCUUGACAGUGUUAAUAAUCAUAAUUUUAACUUAUUCUGAUGCGGUAUCAAAAAUGUUUUAUUUUAACAUGUACCAGUACUAGACGUUAUAACAUUGACAGAACUAAUUAAUCUUUACCAAACUGAGAUUGAAACCAGGACCAAAUGCAAAACUGACUGGGAAAAGAUUUCUAAAUUGGGACAUUCAAAGUAAAACCAGGACAUAUGGAAAUCCUAAAUCUAAGUAGAAUUCUAAGUAGCAUAUUGAGAAUUUUGUCUUAGUUUUAAGCCGACCAAAGAAAGAAAAGACUAUAUUUAUUCCCACACUCAGUGCAUAGCCGACUGAAUGAUUUGAAUUUGGUCAAAUUUAUUAUGGGACGUAGAAAUUAAAAUAAAAGCAGGGACUUAUCUUGUUGUGAAAGGACAUAUGAUGUUGUGAAGGGACAUAUCAAACUCAUUUGUAACCCAGCUCUUCAACAAACAAACAAAAUACCUUAUCAUAUAAAAUGUGCUCAUAGGAGAUGAUUAACCCAUAUUUAUAAACUACAUGUCAAACAAUCUUAGCAAUGAAAAUAGCAAUGAAAUAUAAUAAGUCAACUUAUAUUACUUAUACAAGUAAAUUACAAAAUUGCAACUAUAAGCUAUAAGCUAUAAAUAUUAGUGAUUGUAAAAUUGAUGAUUGCUGCAGCAUCUGUGAUGCAUUUUUAACAUUUCAAAACACACCAAAAUUUUAUAUAUUAAAAAAGCAAAUGCUACGUUAUGUAGAUCCUCAUGUGCUUGCAUAAUAUUACAUUCUGUUUAGGGACCAAGCUAUUGCUCUUUUAUGUCCCCGGCGAGAACUUUACUGGCGUGCCACAUCUGCUGGGCAUCACCUGAAAUCAGACCUAGUGUGUGGAUGUCUGGGGUGUUACUGACCCCUCCACUCAUUAGUAGUGGGCACUCGUUACUAUCUCCGGUGUCUGUCCACAAAGACAGCAGCUCUCUGGCGCCUGUCCACUGAGACAGCAGCUCUCGUCCUGGAGAGGAUGUAAUUUGUUCAAGUAAAUUUCUUUGAGUAGGACAGUGUUCUAUUCUCAUCUGGUUCUCACAUUUUAAUCCCCAUCAUUGAUUCCCUUUCCUGUUUGGGUGUGGCGUUCUUUUGGUAAAGCUUACAGGCCAUCUCGCCGUUCUCCCAAUUCUUUAACCACUCAUCUCGGAAGAGCUUUUUCAACCUGUCCUUAAUCCCUCAGUUGGGUUAGUGGCCGAUUUUUUGUAUGUGGCUGGUCAGACCCUUGCCUUGCUGGAUAGUCAGCUUUAUUGUUUUAGGGUAAUCCAGCGUGUCCAGGUAUCCACUGAAGGACCACUCUGCCUCGAUGUGACUGUAUGAGGUGUGUGAAGGUCUAAUACUGCAUUUACCAUUUUUUCGUCUGAUGAGCCCUUCUCGCAGGCUCCAGAGGAAGCUAUGAGUUGGUCACCACUGAUGGCCAGACGUUGUUUUCUUCUGGCUAAUUUGCGGCACACUUGUUUUGGGGCCAUUAGAUUAGCUGCGAUAUCUGCAUCGAUAAUUUUGCUAUUCUUGUGCUUGCAUAAUAAAGUUGUUCUUUUAUCAGAGAAACCAUUUAAGUUAAAUUCAUUUGGCAUUUAAUUAUGCAUCAAUUCUAAGUCUAAAUAGAACCCCAUUUUUAAAUUUAGUUAUUUUCCUAAAAGCAUUAAAACAAGAAAAGUUUCUAAUUUUUGCAGUUUGUAAUGAAAUUAAUUAUCCCUUUGUUUUGGCAGCUUUAAGCAAUGGAACUCCUCAAGCAGCUGGAGCAAGCCAAGGCCAGUGGCUUAACCAAGGAUGAGUAUUUCAGUCUCCUUCAAGCUGAACUCAAGCUGUCGGAGAUCAAGUUUCAGUCAAGAGAUAGCCAUCAAGUAAUCAUUGCUUAUUGAUAUAUACUCAAUUUUUUUGUUGUUGAACAAAUACAUUAGUUUUAAUCAGUAAACCAGAAAUAAUAUGCUUCUAUAAAAAGUUUAAUCCAUUUAUUUUCUUAUUUCAGAUUUCCGAGCCGAGUUCAAUCAGCAGUAAUCCAUCAGCUUCAUUUAUAAAUAUAGAUGAUACGUCAAUGAAAGGUAAAAAAAAAAAAAAAAUUUAAUUGAUUUUAAUAUAAAAAUGACUUGCCACUUUUAAUUCUUGCUUUUUUUAUAACAGGCUAUUUAGUUUAUAAGCAAUUUGCCACAAAUAAUUGACAGUCUCUGUAUUUUUUAAUAAAAAAAUAAAAUAAAAUAAAAUUGUGAAUUAUUUUCACAAAACAUUUUUAUAAAUGUAUGUCUCAAAUUUCAAGGACAAAAAGGUCUUGAUGCUUUUCCCUUGCAAUUUCCCUUUGGUAACUAAUGCAUUUUUUUGUCCCUCUAGAGUGUGAAGACACCAGUUAUAAACAAUGUGAAGACUCCAGUUAUAAACAAGUCGGCCUCGACGGUUCAGAACUGUAUCAAAGUUUUGAGCGUUUGCUAGCCACAUCUAUCCAACAGAUGAGAGCAGAGUUCAAAGAGAUGAGAGAUGCCGUCCUGGCAAGACUGGAUCAGGACAAAUCAUCCAUCAGAGAGCAGAUAAUCAAAACUCAGAAUGAGGUCAACCUCAAGCUGACCAAGAUCGACGAUGAGGUCAAUCAAAUCAAGACACUUUUAAAUACAGGACUGUCUACGGUGGGGAAGGAGGUGCGUGAGGCGAUGAUCAACACUCAGUUGCUGUGCGAGAGGACGAAAGUAUCUCAAGCCGGCGCGUCUCAUCGUGAUGAUUUGAAAGGAUCAGGGCGUGCGGGGGCUGUUGAAAACAAACUCAAUGACCUUGAAAAUCACUUGAAAGAGAUUCCUGAAAAACUGGACGGGAUCAAGAGCUACCUGGCAGAUGUCACUGACAUCUCAAAUGCUAAGUUUAUUAGUGCUUUAGAAGGGAAGAUGAUAGAGUCUACUAAAAAGGUGGAGAACACAAUGACCCAGAUCAAGUGUGAGAUUUUCGAUGUGACGGAAAAAGAGGUUCAGCUGCUGCGAGACAGGAUCCCUAACCCCUUUCCGCCAAAGAAACAUUACAUCUGUGAUUUUUAUGUGCCACACUUUCGAGACAAGAUCAAAUCUACCGCUGUUGUGUACAGCGCACCCUGGCACAUCGAACAGCUGGGCUCCUGCGUCAAGGGCGUGGCCGAGUUUGCGCCCAACGCCCAGAUGAGCGUGUGGGUGGUUCACGGCCGACAUCCUCGUGAGGUGGGGCUCGCGCUGAAGUCGACCGUCAAACUUGAUGUCAGUGCCACCAUCAAGGACAUGAGGUGCAUCCUGCCUGACCACACUGUGGGACACACCACCUGGGAGUGUAACGAAGCUAAAAUCAAAGACAACAGCUUCUGGGGGGAGCUCGUCGGGGUUCUGUCCUGCUGGGACCUGAUGGGGAAAGGUUACGGGCAGAAUGAAGGCUACGAUAAAGAAUCAUUGCUGCUCAGGUUUAAGAUUGACGUCAUCUAAGGGGCUGUGUCAAUUCCUUCACGAUAUUGCCAAACACCGAGACGGUAAUUUAUAAUAAGUAUUUGGAAGUCCGACUAAAAAAGUAAUUUAAAGCAUAAAAUGUGUGUGCCUUGAUUUCUCAUUGUGAUGACUUGCCUGAAAUUGUAUUGAUAAAGGUACAGCAAUAAUGCCGUAACAAGAACCUACUUAAGGCAAUGUCAUAGAAUUUAGUUGUUGAUAAAUGUACAGCACUACUGCCUUAACAAGAACCUAGUCAUACGCAAGGCAAUGUCAUAGAAUUUAGUCAUUGAUAAAUGUACAGCACUACUGCCUUAAAUAUCAGUGUGUAGAAAUUAGUGUCAAAACGUCUGAAUGUUCUGUACGUGAUAUCAGUUAUUUCCCUUCAUGACAGUUGUUUUAAUUUUUGUUUCAAUUUAAACUCUCAUCUGAUUAUUCAUCAGCCCAAUAUACUCUUUCUCUCCCCGAAAAUAAAAAAGGUUGUUUUUUUUUUGGUGGUGAAUAUGUUAUAAUAGAACUCUAUUAAUUACAGCGUUAUUAUAAUGGCUGCAUCCAUAGGUACCUAUAGUCAUAAACAACUAUUCGCACCCGGAGUGGCUCCGUACAGAUUAAAUGGCUUCGGAGCCGGGUGUGAUAACAAUAAUACUAAUAAUAGUAUGAGAA